UUUUUUUGCAUCUGUUUCCUUUACCUUUUUCCUGUUUACGUUUCCGUUUUCUGGUACAAUUGACUUAAUUUAAGCAUUACAAAUAAUUGUAAGAUAUAUUUAGAGGAAUCAAUAGAGCAAUACCUAUAGUUGAAACCAUGUCUUCAUUUACCACUUAUAAAAAGGCAGAUCUAGUAACUGUCCUCAAAAAAUUAGAUAUCCACACCGUCAGUAAAGACACCAAGAAGGUUUUGGUUGAUAAAUUGACCGUCUACGCCGAAAAAUCCGCUAACGGUGCAGCAACUGUGCAAAAGCUCCUUCAAGAACUUGCUGAUGCCCGUGAAGAAGGUGAAGGUGAAGGCGACGAAGACGUCACCGCCGUUGAAGAAGAAGUUGAAGUGAUUGAAACCGAAGACGACGAUGAGGAAGGUGACGAAGAAGAAGACGAAGAAGAGGGAGAAGAAGAUGAUCAAGAAGACAAGGACUACAAUGCUCCUCCACCUUUGAACUUUAGAGCUGUUUUUGACCCAGUACUUCAAUACUACGAACAAUUUGUUGACAGAGUUUACGAAUGUACUGACAAGAUCGGUGUCACUUAUACCGACUACAGUGCUCAAUUGAGACAACAAUUGUCAUCCACCGUCACAUUGAACUACUUGGAAUUGAUUCUUGAAUUUGCUGUUUACUUGGCCUACUAUGUCCCACUUGUUCCAUUAAACAAGAAUGCUUUAAUUCCUCAAGUUGUUCUCGAUAAUGUCCCAUUCCUUGCUACUUCCACCCUCCCAUCUGCUCAAGUAACUACCUUAUUCGCUUACGACCCACUUAUCACUCUUGUUUUCUGGUUAUUGACCUCAAUUGCCUUCCCAUUGGUUUUGUCGUACUUUUUCAACUUUACUAGAAGAAUCUUUGAAUUUGAAGAAGACACUGUUUUGUUCAGAGUCUACGCUUUUGACCCAUUUAUCUUUGCCCUUUCCAAGAUCUUUGUGUACUAUCUCGUUGAACAAAGUGCCUUUGUUAAUUACAGUACUGGAACUUGUUGGUUAGCCACCACAACUAACCACAUCUUGGCCCACUUGGGUAUCUACAACACUUUCACUGCCGUUUUGGGUAACUGGCCAUAUGUUAUUGGCGGGGGCAAUGCUUUGAUUGCCCUUUAUUCUCAAUUUGAAGAAUACUAA